AUGACAAGCCUCACAUUUCUUGUUCUCUCAAAUAACCAUUUGACCGGUGUCAUUCCAGUGUCUUUGUGCAAGGCAAAGAAUAUAGCUGUUAUUGAUUUCUCAAACAAUCAGUUAUUAGGAAAAAUUCCUCCUUGCUUGGGGCAGUUGAAUCAGUUGUCGGUGCUAGAUUUGACGAAUAAUAGUCUAUAUGGUGAAAUUCCAAGUUCUUUGGGUUCCCUACAAUCUCUCAAUUCCUUGCACUUGCGUAACAAUAAGUUUUUUGGGAAGCUUCCUUUGUCCUUACAGAAUUUGACACAUCUUUUCACCAUUGAUCUAGGUGAAAAUGUGUUCACUGAUAAUAUCCCUCCAUGGAUUAGAUAUAACCUAACUAAUCUUAGAUUUUUCAGUCUUCAAUCAAAUAAUUUCUAUGGUGAUAUUCCUCCACAACUCUGUUAUCUCCAAGAUUUGCAAUUGUUGAACUUGGCACAAAAUAACAUAAUGGGAAAUAUCCCUCGUUGUUUUGCCAACUUCACUGCCAUGGUUGCAGUAGAUAGUGUGUUUGAUUUCAAACUAUAUAACUAUUAUGAUGUUAGUGCAACUUAUGAAGAGAACAUUUUGGAUUCAAUGAAAGGAAGAGAACUGGAAUACACCAAGACACUCAAAUUUCUCGUCUCCAUGGACCUUUCGAACAAUGGCAUUGUUGGAGAGAUUCCAGAAGAGUUAAUGGAUCUUUCUGGGUUGCUUAACUUGAAUUUAUCUGGAAAUCAUCUAAAAGGAAGGAUCCCUAAUAAUAUUGGCCAAUUCACACAAUUGGAAUCUCUUGAUUUGUCUCGAAACAAACUUUCUGGCCCCAUUCCUCCAAGUCUGUCCAGUUUACGCUACCUAAGUUAUUUGAACAUGUCAUUCAAUAAUUUAUCAGGGCGAAUACCAACGGGAAAUCAACUUCGAACUCUCGACGAUCCUUCCAUUUAUAUAGGCAACGAUGAUGGCCUUUGUGGUGCACCACUAAACAGCUGCCUCGAUGAUAAAUCAUCGGAUGGUGAUCACAAACAUGGUGAUCACAAACAUGGUGAUGAGGGUAAAGUUGCAGAUGAAACUGAUUUUUUGUGGUUCUAUGCUGGCAUUGGACCUGGUUUCUCAGUUGGGUUUUUGGGGGUCUGUGGCACUUUGAAUUUCAAGAAGUCUUGGAGGUAUGCGUACUUCCAGUUCAUCGAAAACAACUACAAUUGGAUAUCAGUAACCAUAGCAAUCAAGUUCGCUCAGCUAAGGAGGAAGUUCAACAAAGGCAAAUUUGGAGGAUGA